AUGGUCAGCGAGCUCCGGCGGGAAUUGGAGGGCUUGAGGGUGGAGUUAUUGGCCACGCUUGAGGAAAGAAAGACGGCGGUUGAUCAGACUCAUGUGGACUCUAUCAUCCAGCAACACCAGAUCGAUCUCUUGACCACCUGGAGUCAGAUCCGGGCCUUGGAGAGCCGGGUCUUCGAGGAAGAAUCCCACUCCCUUGGGAUGUUGAACCGAGUUGAGAACCUUCAGGAUGAGCUCAGAGGGGCCAAGGAAGCGCUCAGACAGAGGAAAAACACUCCCCUGACCGACUCUCCAAACCCGGCGAUCCCAUCAUCAUCAUCAUUUGCCGUCCCACAAGCCACAGUCGGUUCCUCAUCAGAGACUUGCCCGCAGUCGACGAGCAAGAAGACCAACUUCUUGAAGAUGAUUGACGAGAGUAACCUGUCUGAACAGACUAAACAGACCCGAACUAAGAGCCUGAACCUGCUCAAGACGCAGAUGGAGAACGAUCUGGGUCUCUUGAACCUUUCCUCGAACGCCCUCUCUCAUCAUCCUCCGGAUCCUUCCAAUGCCCACUCACUCAAAAACUGGUAG